AUGAUUUUCCUGAUGGAUCUCCAGAUGAUGCUGCUGGAUGUGAUUUACUUCAUCCUGCGCAACUCUGUGCGGGUCGUAAUGCGCCCACGCACCAAGCCCAUCGACGGGGAGCUGGUGCUGAUCACCGGGUCGGGCGGUGGCCUGGGUCGUCUCUUUGCUCAGGAAUUCACCAAGCAAGGGGCAGAAGUGGUGCUGUGGGACGUGGACGGCAGCUCCAAUGAGCAGACAGCCAAGCUGGUGCGCGAGAUGGGGGGCACGGCGCACACCUACACCGUGGACGUGACCAGCCGGGAGGACGUGUACCGCAACGCAGAGCUGGUGCGAAAAGACCUGGGCCGGGACGUCACCAUACUGGUGAACAACGCCGGCGUGGUGGCCGGACGACGCAUGCUGGAGUGUCCUGAUGAGCUGAUGGAGAGGACCAUGAAGGUCAACUGUCAUGCCCUCUUCUGGACCGUGAAGGCUUUCCUCCCUCAAAUGAAGGCCCAGAACCACGGACACAUCGUGACCAUCGCCAGCGUCCUCGGCCUGUUCAGCACAGCUUGUGUCGAGGAUUACUGUGCCAGUAAGUUUGCUGCCGUGGGCUUCCACGAGUCUCUGGCUCACGAGCUGCUGGCUGAUGAAGUUGAAGGAGUGAAGACCACCCUGGUGUGCCCCUACAUCGUGGAUACAGGAAUGUUUGAAGGCUGCAAGAUACGGGAGGAAGUGGAACUGCUCCUACCCCCUCUGGAGCCUCAGUACUGUGUUGAGCAGGCGAUGAACGCCAUCCUGAUAGACCAGCCUCUGGUGUGCAUCCCCCGCCUCACCUACCUGCCCUUCCUCUCCAGAGCGUUGUUGCCAUGGGAAUCCAAUGUGGCUGCGUACCGUUUCAUGGGCUCUGACAAGUGCAUGUACCCCUUCAUCGAUAGUGUGCAGAAACAAGUGACUAACGGCUCUGUUCAGGUUGCGUAAGCACGCCACGAUUCAGUCACGUGGGCGGUCAGAACUGGCGGGAGGGACUUCAGAUUUUGAGACUGAUCAUUCAGAAGCCUGCAGUAGAUGACCACUCAGCCAAGUUGUCAUCAGCACCCAACGAGACUCCAGCAAUGUUCGGAUGAAAUUUAAAGUCCCUUCAAAGAUGUUGUGACAUGACCAAACAGUGACUAAAUCCUGAGCUGACCAAAAUGGGAAAAUAUCUUUAAUAUGUGUAACUUAAUGAUGUGACUGAAUGUUGUGCUGUGUGACAUUUACAUAAAAUAAAACGACUGAAAAGCU